AGGGAGUUCGGAGGGCGGGUGAGAAGCUUUUCCGUUGUCUCUGCCGCCAUUUUGUGCCGUGGGCUGCCGCUGCCGCUGCUGCUGCUGCUAAGGCAAGCAUUAGCCACCAUGGUGAAACUUUUUAUUGGCAAUCUUCCUCGGGAGGCCACGGAGCAGGAGAUCCGCUCCCUUUUUGAGCAGUACGGACGGGUUCUGGAAUGCGACAUCAUCAAGAACUACGGCUUUGUGCACAUUGAGGACAAGACGGCAGCCGAGGAUGCCAUCCGCAACCUGCACCAUUACAAGCUGCACGGGGUGUGCAUCAACGUGGAGGCCAGUAAGAACAAGAGCAAGGCUUCCACCAAACUGCACGUAGGCAACAUCAGCCCCGGCUGCACCAACCUGGAGCUGCGAACCAAGUUUGAGGAGUAUGGGCCGGUGCUUGAAUGCGACAUUGUUAAGGAUUACGCGUUUGUGCACAUGGAGAGAGCAGAGGAUGCCGUGGAGGCCAUCAGGGGCCUUGACAACACAGAAUUCCAAGGCAAACGAAUGCGCGUGCAGUUGUCCACCAGCCGUCUCAGGACCGCACCCGGGAUGGGAGACAAGAGUGGCUGCUACCGGUGUGGGAAGGAGGGUCACUGGUCUAAAGAGUGCCCGGUAGAUCGCACGGGGCAAGUGCCCGAGUUGACCGAAACUUAUAGCGAGCAAUACGGAAUGGUGCGCACCCCCUACCCUACGGGCUAUGGGGACCCCGUGUAUUAUGAUGACCCUUACGGAAUGGUGGACUACUAUAAACGGUAUCGCGCGAGGUCCGCCGCGGCGUAUGGGGCUUCUGCAUACGACGCUUAUGCGGAGCAGACCAUGGCCCAGUAUUCCCAGUACGCCCAGUACUCACAAGCCACGGCCAUGGCCAAUCGCCUCUCCACUGCCUUAGAGCCCUACGAGAGGGCCUUGCUGCCUGCCUCGGGAACUGCAGCAGCAGUAGCUGCUGCGGCGGCGGCCGCGACUUCCUCAUUUUACACCCGGGAUAGAAGCCCCCUGCGUCGCUCGGCAGCUGCGGCUUCCACCGUCGGAGACGUGUACGGAUACGAGCGUGUUCAGCUUUCUCCCGUUCCGCGAUCAUCCCUCUACGAUGUCCAGCGGUUCGGGCGGGAUGCAGGCGCGGACAGGUUGCGAUACUCCGCGUAUUGAGUCUGGAGGUAGGCUAUUUGAGGGCUGGACGUCGGGUUCCUGUGGUACAUCCGCGACAAAACUGUGCCAGGCUUCACGAUGUGUCAAUUUGUGUUUAGCAUGGUCUCACUA